GUCCAACCUCAACUUGCCCUCAGGGAAGACCACGAAUAUACAUCAACAGCUCAAAUACUACAUAAUCAGAGAGAGCGCUCUACACUACAAUGCCCAUGGUCCGCCAAUUAUUUACCGCCGCCUCCCCGGCGCGCCUCGCGUGUUCAAUCUCAACCGCAACCCUCAAAACCCAAACCACCAAACAACCAACAUGGCACCUCACCAAAAACUCCCCACUCUCCCUCCGCACUACGCGCCCCUUCUCCAGCACCCUCUCAACACCCUUCACAUCCACCGCGCUCAAAUACUCCUCUCCCUUCCGCCUCUCCUCCGACAAACCCGAGUCCUACCAGAACCCAAAUGACGAAUACUACAGUCCCUACAAGCCUAAGCGCCAAUGGCCGCCGGACAUGUCGAAACUCUCCCCCAAGCACCAGUUCCGACUAGAGCGGAAGUACCGGCGGCGCGCGGCGCUGAAAUAUGCCCGGCCUAAGUUUAUUAAGACUGUUACGCUGGCGCAGUGGGUUAUUAUUGGAUUUGUCGUGAUCUAUGCGGUUCUUUUCAUGAACUGGGAUACCAAGGAUACGCCAUUUGAUGGGAUCCGAGAGAGUGUCUUCUCUGGUGUCAAGGCUGUGUUCUCCAGCCCGCCGCCUCCUGGUCCAGUGAAAAGAGCAGACGAGAACAGCGGGAGUGGAUCUCAAAAGUAGUUCUCACGAGAACAUGAUCCGAUAUCCCCUGUAUAUGAUAGAUCCUGUGGGGCUGUACAAUACUCAUUUGGCAUAGAUACUGGCUUGAGAUGACGCACCUCAUUCAUUCCUCCAUACAUCUCUUUUCUAUACCAGCGACAUUACACUCGCUUCAAAUCAUACUGAAAUCAUUUAGAA